AUGCGUAUCCGGACUUUUCCGAUUCGCGCGUCGGGCCUUUCCUUGUCGGAUUCGGCGAACAUGCACCAGUUGUCAAACACGCCCACGGUGAGAACCGUGCACGGGUCGUACACUUGCCACGUGUACUGCUCGUUCCACCUCGGAUCAAAGCUGUCCAUCACGGUUCGGGCAUCCGUGGACCCUUUUCCCGGGCCCUUGGAUUUCAUCGGAAGCAAGCCUCGGGCUCCGAGAAUCCCGAGCUCUAAAAUCCCGACUGGAGGUUUCCAAAGUUGUUUGGCCGUGGGUCGGAAAUCGCUACAGAGGUGGGCUGCCUCGUCGAGCACGUGGUAA